AUGGAUGAAAAUGAUCCAUCCAAAGUUUUCAUUGAUAAAUCAAUUGUCUCAAGAGUCAAUGGAUUAUUGAAUAAUUUUCAAAAGUCGUACGAUGAAGGAAAUUGGCAGAUUAUGGAUGACAUCAAAGCAACAGAUCAUUGCGAGGUUAUGAACUUUUUAAAAAGUUCUCAUGGAAAUUGCAAAUAUACGACACUAUUAGGAUUUUUCUAUCAAUAUAAAGAACGCAAUCUCGAGCUUGGUUUUCAAUGCUUUGAGGAAUCAGCAGAGCAAAACGACAGUUAUGCACAAUUUUUACUCGGUCAAUGCUACGAACUUGCAAUUGGGACAGAACGGGAUCUAGAAAAAAGUGUCUAUUGGUAUCAGCAAUCCGCCUUCAACAAUAAUCAUGCCGGACGGUUGUGUUAUUCUUUGGGAAUCGGGAGUAUGAGAGAUAAAGAAGAAGCAUUGAAAUAUUUCAUGAAGGCAGCAGAAAGUGAUAAUUCGUAUGCACAAAUGCGCGUCGCAGAAAAUUAUGACGAGUAUUUUCCGGGUGGAGGUCACAAAGAUCAAAUAAAGGCGGUAAAAUGGUAUUCGAAAGCGGCGACUAGAAGACCAAAUGCUUAUUUUAGACUCGGUUUUUAUUAUAGUGAUGGGAAAGGAACCGUUCAUGAUAUGCACACGGCUUUGAAAUGUUUUGCACGUGCGUAUUCAGAAACUGAGUGCGACGAUAUCUUUGAUGUGGUUGACAAAAUGAUGAAUGGCUGUCGUUGCUUUUACUACGAGGAACAUGACUUUCCAAACUCUAUUUUCUUGAAUUUAGCUACUGAAAAUAUACAAGCGACUCUUGUAAAGGCAUUGGGUCACGAGAACUAUAGUGUGAAAGUUACUGUACUAUAUCAAGUCAAGACUAUUUUGAGUCCCUUGUAUUUCAAAUAUUUUAUAUAG